AUAAAGUCAAGGUCGUUGAUGUCCCAACAUUCAAAUCUUUUGAGAGGAUUCGUUAAAUCAAGCUCAUCUCACAUCACCUAUGUCUAAUGCAAGUAGUAAAAAAAGUCCUGUAGAAACAAGCAUCCUUGACUACGUUUUAUCCUUUCAUGGGUCAAAUUGCAAGAAUCGAGCUUCGUUUAUAGCUCUUUUGGUCCACUCAGAACUUUUAUCGCGUGGAGCAAGACCCACAGAAGCUACCGCGCGAACUGCAGUACUUAGUUCGUCCUGUCUUGCUGAAGAUCCUAUUCGGAUGUCAUACGCGUUGAUAUCUAGAUCAAAGUCCGACACGUUAUCAACACCGUGCACCCAACUGCAAGUCUCAGUAGCCGAAACAGACGCUCACAUUUUUGUUAAUGUAACAGACACAACUACUGAUAAAUUUGGACAUUUGGAACUUUCUGGAAUCGAACAUGUUUGUCUUGAUAGCGUCGAUAAUUCGACUUACGGAGAUGCUAAUAUCGUAUUCCCCCAGUUAGACGAACUGCUGGACUCCUUUGAGGAAAAUCUAUGGAAACCUGUCCUCCCACCACCUCUUUCCUGCCGUCCAUCUGAAACGGAUAAGAAUGAACCUCGACCAAGCAAUGAUGAUUUCCAUAACCAACCACAAAUACCCUUUCGGGGCAAUUUCACCAGAACAGAGCCGUCAGCUGGGACACUACCGCCAGAUUAUGGACGAAGUGACCUUGAUCCCCUAGCAAGUAUUGGAGGGCCAUCAAGAGGUGGUGGAAUGAUUUUAGAUCCAAGGCGCAUCAUACCUGGUAGUCGAGUUGAUAGUGACUUUUUUCUCGAUGGUCCUGAUGUUCUUCCUCCUGGGGCAGUCCCUCCGGGGGCUCGAUUCGAUCCUUUUGGACCCGGUAUAGGACCUGUCAGACCACAUCCUUCAGGUGGUCGUCGCCAUAUUCCAGAUCCUGAUCAUGCCAUACCUCCUGGAUUCGAUAACUUCUAUAUGUAGACCUUUCAAUGAACUGAUUUUUCUUCUAUUCGAUUCAAUUACUUAGAAGAUUCUCUUAUUUUCCCUAUUAUGUAUCACUUCAUUUUACAGUUACAACUAUAUAUGUUGCUUUCUUUCUCUAUCAUUUCAAAAGCUUACUGAAUAUCAAAUUGUUUUAUUUUGUAGAGAACUAUAAAUAGUUAUGAGUUAAUAGAUAUAACUCAUUUAUACCUAUAUAUAGGUUCAUAUUAGCUAAAUCAAAGUAGAUUUACUGUGUCCAUGAUGGACCUAGA